CCGUCCAGGCUUCCGUACAAAAACAAAGAUGGCGGCUUCCUCCGACGUCCAUGUCCGAAUUUGCGCACAAGAAAUGAUCAAAUAUGACCUCGAAAUUAAAGUUGCCGUCCAGGACAUCAGAGAAUGUUCUGGACCUCAGAGCGUUCUCAUGCAGCUCAACUGUCACGUCAAAGACAAAUUCAACCAACUCCGGCGCAGGAUUCAGGUGAGUGCGUGCGUGUCUGACACACCUCUCUGGGGUCUUGGUGUGGUCUUACCCUGCGCCGCUGUGGGCUUGCAGGAUCUGGAGCAAAUGGCCAGAGAGCAGGACAAAGAGUCGGACAGAAUGUCCAUCCAAACGGAGGCAGAGAGCCAGCGGAGACAAAUGCUCAGUAACCAGACGGCGUGGAGGAAGGCCAACCUGGCGUGCAAAAUGUCCAUGGACCACAUGGCGAAGGACGAGCUGCUGCGCGAAGGAGAAGGUCAAAACAUCCGGGCGAGGAAGGCGACCAAGGAGAGUCUGGUGGGGAGCAGCAGCAACAUCACCGAGAGUCUGAUGUCCAUCAGCAGGAUGAUGGCGGAGCAGGUCAAGCAGAGCGAGGACAGCAUCAGCACGCUGGCCACCUCCUCCCGCACAGUGCAGGAGACCAACGAGGAGUUCAAAAGCAUGACAGGCACCAUCCACCUGGGCAGGAAGCUGAUCCUCAAGUACAACAGGCGGGAGCUGACGGACAAGCUGCUCAUCUUCCUGGCGUUGGCGCUCUUCCUCGCCACCGUGCUCUACAUCCUCAAGAAGCGCCUCUUCCCGUUCAUCUAAACUCCUCCCCCUCGCCAGUGGACGUCACACAUCGAGUCAGGGCCGGGCGAUACGGCUGUAGGUCAAUAUCACUUAUUCCUGGCCAUGACGCCUCAGGAUGCUACAGGAAGUAUCAGGGGAGAGGAAAGUUUGGGCUAUUCUGCUGCCCCCGUGACCCCAUGGAUGGAACUAUCUGCAACCACCAGGAGAAAAAUGUACUAAAUUUAAAAUCUACCCUGAUUAUAAUACCCAAGGCAGAAAGGAAACUAUGUAAACAAAAUAUUAGUUAAAUACGCAAAGAAAUGUCAGUAAUUUCUGCAUGGAAAUUACAGCGGUGCUCUAAAGGGUAAGCACGGCAAAGAUGCUGUGGCGCCUUGCAUUUACAGACCAAUAUGGUUAAUGAUAAUCAUAUUAAACCGUUAAAAAAAAGUAAGAAAUGUGCAAAAAUUUAACAAAAAAAGUCAAUAGAAAUUUAAGUAAUUUCUGCAGGGAAAUUACAGCGGUGCUCUAAAGGGUAAGCACUGCAAAGAUGCUGUGGCGCCUUGCAUAUACAGACCAAUAUGGUUAAUGAUAAAAUCAUAUUAAACAGUUAAAAAAAAGUGUGCAAAAAUUUAACAAAAAAGUAAAUAGAAAUUUAAGUAAUUUCUGCAGGGAAAUUACAGCGGUGCUCUAUAGGGUAGGUAUGGCUAAGAUGCUGUGGCGCCUUGCAUUUAAAGAACACGUGUCUGAUUACGUUCGCUUUAUACAGUAAACUCAUCCACAAUUCCACUCCAAGGAAUCAACCACAACCAAACUUGAUACGGUUACCUGAUUGGCCGGUCACUCCCACUGACCACUUCCUGUGUGGCUCGGUCAGCAGAGAGCAAGUACCUUUCAUGCUUGGACGCAAUCUUUUAUCAGUUACAUGUCUAUCGCGAUAUAUUGAUAUUGUCUUAUCGCCCAGCCCUACAUUGUAGGAUUUCUGCUCCGAAUACUACAGUUCAAAAUGACUGACUUUGUAACCGUGGUAACCAGUGGUUAUUUGCAUCUGCCAGCAGGUGUCAGUGGACUCACGCGUGACAUUCAUUUGUUUGUUUGGCUUUUAUUUAAAUAAACGUCACAUUUCUCGUAAAUGAAAAAUACAUUAAAAGACUCGUACAUAACCGGUUUAUAAACUAAAAAAAAAAUACAAGAGUGAAGAGUGUUGGCGCCCCCUGCUGGUUAGCGGUGAGGUAGAUAGUUUUGUCCUGGUUUAAAAAAAUGUAAAAAGUAUAAAAAUACAAAAACAGGUUAGGGGUUCUCCGUGGCAUUGAGUCCGGACCAUGUCACGUUGUCCGCCGCUUGGGUCGCUACGGCCGGUGGUCUUGGCGUGCCGGUGGGUGGGUCGUCCAGACAGGCGGGGCUGAAACUGCCGCAAAGCGCCCCCCAGUGCUGCUCACAUUGUCCCCGCAGGCGGCGGCCCACCCAGGACCGGACGUCGCCGCCGCACUCCAACAGGAAGUUCAUCAGCUCAGCAUGCGGUCUAAACAAGACGCGGGACAAAAAGUCACACCGGAACCACAUUUUCCCUUUCCCUGCCGCGUCAACUCACCCGGGGGGGAAGAGCAGGUGGAAGUGGACCAGGCUGCUGACUGUGUCCAGGUGGUCCCGCACGGUGAGACACAGCUGGUGCUUGGAGAAGCAGUCCCUCUGCAGCGAGAAGAGCAGAUCCUUCACGGCCACGCAGCGACGACUGAUGCAGCUGAACCGCUGACGGAGGCCCAGCGCCAGACACCGCAGCGCCUCCUUCACCGACAACUUGCCCUGUGAGACACACGUGAGCACAGACACAGAGUCAGCAUGUGGAUGCUGAAGAGUGCAGGGCCAAGAACUGAACCCUGAGGAACUCCGCACGUGACCUCAACAUACUCAGAGGU